CAAUUGGCCGAGACGUACAUAUACGAUGUGCGCGCUUUGCCAGCAUCCGGAGGCCGCUGACAGUCGAGCGAUCGACCAUUUUAUCCUUUGUUCCACUCUUACCUCGUUCUUCGCGCGCUUCGUAAUCUUCUUCAUUCUUCCGACGAGCUCUCGCAACCUCACUGUUUGGUGUCCAUAUACUUGUUCGGUCCUCUCAAACCUCGCCCUUUGUUGCACCGGUCAGCCGUACUGGGUGCGACAGCCUGGCAGUACUCGACCCUAAUGACCUUUCUGAACGCCCAAGUGCCGCCCAUUGAGCUCAGCAUGGACUUCUUAGGCUUGAGCGGCGACGAGGCUGGCACGGUACGGCCGUCAAGACUCCCCUGCGUUACGGUACAAACCCAGUACUGACGUAGCCAUAGGCCUACUCACCCUCGUCGCUGCGCAACUACGGCGAUGACUUCUCUGACUUCGGCGACUCAAUGUUCCCCAUGGCGGACACUCAGCCCAACACGCAGGAGUUGGACAUCAUCAGUAGCUUCACACAAUCGCAGCCGCAGGACCUCAACAUCAACACCAGUGUACCGAAUACAAUGGGUACUCAACUGCCCCUUGAAAGUGCUGAUAUCGGCGACACGUUCUACCGCAUCCAGCAAGCUCCAGUCCACUCAAGGAGCUUUUCUCUCACCUCUCCCUCCAUAGUCAUGGGCGAACAACCAUAUGAUAAACAGGUCCAAGAGCCGGGCCAGUACCUUGAGAAAGAUUUUAUAUAUCGUGGUGACAAUCGCAUAUGUCUCAAGAUCUCAGAGGAUCUUGCUCAUUCAGGACUCGACGUUGACCUCAUAGCCAAGGUUAGCCAGGGCUUCUAUAUCCAGAGGCCGACCGUCAAAGGGGUGAACAUGCACGGAGUCGUUGCUCUGCGUGUUGGCCUUGAUGCGAUUUGUCAGGGCCUCUACCGCAACCCGCCGACUGAUUCUUUGCUGCUGUCUUUCCUGAUUCAAGAACUGGCCCGUAUCAGAGAUGGCACUGCUCCACAAAUCUAUGGAACCAGCAUUGACAGACCACUGACAUUUGAGCACUUACUAAUGAUGCUUCAUUGCUAUGGUUUGCGCAACAGCGAGCAGUACAACCUCGGCAUCAUCCGGCCGUUUGAGCUACCAUCUCAGUUUGGUCAGCUACCUACGUACGAGGUGACCCUCGAAGGCCCCAAGACAGCGGGCUCAAAGACGGUCUGGCUGUACGAGGAGAGCGGAGCGUGGUAUCCCCUCGCUCAGGACAACUUUGUCCAAACAAAUCGGUCAUAUGCUGACGCUUUGAGAGAGCCUGCUCCCACACCAGCGGGACUCCGAAGCUCACAGCUUGUGACAUUCGGUGCCUCCUCAUCUUUUCAAAACUUCUUGCAACCCACAGUCUCGAAUUCAACCCCGUACUCUAAAUCCGAGGCUGGCUCCGAUGCCACGGGAACAACCGAUAUGUCUUGUCACAGCUGCGGGAAGCGCUUCGACGCCCAGUCCGACCUCGCGCAUCACAUGCGAAACCACCGCCACCGCAAUCUGCUCUGUUCAAUCUGCCAAAAGUCGUUCCUUUGGAAAAAGGACCUGCGCAGACACAUCGUCACGCAUAGUGAUAAGGGAUCAAGAAUGGAGCAUGUCUGCAGAGUCCACGGCUGCGAAAAAGCGUACACACGGCAGGACAACUUGCGGAGGCACUAUCGGCAGGACCACCCGGGUCUGCCACCUCCAUCACCCAGCAGCGUAACGAGCUCGCGGCACAGCCGUGGCUCUAAAUCCUUCUAAGUAAAAUUUGUUUUGCUUCGGCAUAUAGUACUUUGUGUUCGUCAAUAUCGGGUCAUCAUCGGGGGUUUUUCUGCUAUAUACCACUGGGUCGCGGAGCAUUGGUCUUUCCGCAUUUUGCGAUUUUUUGCACAUGUCCGUUGUUGGCGUUCGACAUUGGCUGUCACAAUUAUGGGAGUUCACCUUGUUGAUUAUGAUUAAGAUAUAUUGUUCGGGAUUUAUAUGAUGCGAUGGAACGAAAAGGGAAUGCUGGCGCCUGUCAAGCUUUUGGAAAAGGGAAUGAGCUGGUGAUAUCAAAUAGAGUGAUACGCUGGAGGUGGUCUGUUUGCAGUCAAUCGAACGCCUGCUUUAUACAUAAGGGACAAACAAAGCAAAUCAUCACACG